AUGGCAGAGACGACAGUGACGAGCAAAAAGAAGACAAUUGUCUUUUUCCAUCCUGAUCUUGGCAUUGGUGGAGCUGAGAGGUUGGUGGUUGAUGCCGCCGUGGGACUGCAGAACAGGGGCCAUAAGGUUGUCAUCUUCACAAGCCAUUGUGAUCCUAAACACUGCUUUGACGAGGCCAGAGACGGGACCCUCGAGGUUCGCGUGCGCGGCAAUACCAUCUUCCCACCCUCAAUCCUCUCGAGGCUCAACAUCUUGUGCGCCAUCGCGCGGCAACUACACCUCCUCGUACAGAUCCACCUCAACGGCGAGCUCGCCUCCCUGCGACCCGAUGCCUUCUUCGUCGACCAGCUCAGCGCCGGGCUGCCACUGCUGCAACUCAUCCAGCCGAAGGCGCCCAUCCUGUUCUACUGCCACUUCCCCGAUCUCCAUCUCGUCCAGGGCCGGGACAGGUGGCUGAAGAAGCUCUACCGCCUGCCGUUUGACACCCUCGAGAGGUGCAGCAUGAGCUUCGCCGAUGCGAUUGCUGUCAACAGCAAGUUCACCAAGGGCGUGGUCACGCGCACCUGGCCGAGCCUGGCCAGGGGGAGGGACCUGAAGGUCGUGUAUCCGUGCAUCGACAUAAAGCCCGCAAAGAGCGGGGGCGGGGCCAAGGAGGGAGUCCUGAAGUGGGAACAUGGCGACAUAAUUCUGAGCAUCAACCGAUAUGAGCGUAAGAAGGACGUCGCGCUGGCGAUCAAGGCAUACGCGGGACUGCCGCGAGAAAAGAGGAACGGUGUCAAGCUUGUCAUUGCCGGCGGAUACGACUCCCGCGUUUCUGAGAACGUCUCAUACCACAGGGAGCUCGUCGAGCUCGCCAAGUCCCUCAAACUCUCCGAGGCCACCGUGCACUCGGCACAAACUGCUCUGGCCGUGCCGCCCGAGAUCGACGUGAUCUUCCUGCUGUCGGUCACAAAUGCGCUCAAGCAGCAGCUCCUGAGGUCAGCAAAGCUGCUCGUUUACACGCCGUCCAACGAGCACUUCGGCAUCGUGCCCCUCGAGGCCAUGCUGGCAGGCGCCCCCGUGCUGGCGGCCAACACGGGCGGGCCGACGGAGACGGUCGUCGAGGGCGAGACGGGCUGGCUGCGGGACCCGGCGGAUGCCGCCGCCUGGACCGAGGUCAUGGACAGGGUCCUGAACGGGAUGAGCCAGGAGCAGCUGGCCGAGAUGGGCCGCAAGGGCGACGAGAGGGUCCGUGGGCAGUUCGUGGACACCCAGAUGGCCGAGAGGCUCGACGGCAUCCUGACAAGCGUCGAGAACCCCCGGCGCGACGGGAACCUGGUCGCCCUCCUGGGCUUCCUGGGCUCGGGAGCACUCGUCUUCUUCGUGCUAGCCGCCCUGGUCGUGCUGGUAGGCAUCACACUCACUAAGCAAUGA